AUGCAGAAUUCACUAUCGCAACGGUCGAGCAAUCAACCUGACGUUGAUUUUCUGUCUAUAAUAGAUAAAACUAGUAUAAAUGAACUUAAAACAUCUUUCAGAAGAUCCUCUAAUUUUAUAUCCAGAACGAUCUUAGAUAAAGUAUGGCGAGCUAAUUCUGAAUCACUUAAUGAAAGAGCUAUUGAACAUGUUGUAGAUUCUGUAAAGGAACUGCUAGAAGAGUCAGAUAUAAAUAAUGCAUAUAAUUGGAAUACAACGAUAAGUAGUUUUACUGACCCAAUAAAGCUAUUUGAAAAAGUUUUGCCAGAAUGCAAAAAAUGUUUAAAUGUUGAGCAUACCUCGGUCAAAAAUAUCAAAGGAAAUAGUUGUGUUUGUAACACAGAUAUUUUAAAUAUAGAAAAAUUAGAUCAAUAUAUUAAACCACUAAAUUCUGAGAGUAAUAGUCAGGAAUCAAAAUCAGGAGAUGAACUUAAACCCUUUAAACCUAAGUUUCGUCCAAAGACAAAAAGAAAUAUUCCUCUCUCAAAAAACAUACAAAUAAGAACUAGCAAAGAAAAUUAUGAAAACAUACCAGCAAUACCAAAACAAAGUAAAGAAUAUGAUGUAGAUGUAGAAAAAUUGCACGUGGUUAAUACAGACAUUGAUAUGAUAGAUGAAAAUAAAGCACACAAAAGUCAAGUUGCUAAAAUAACAUUUAAAACAGCUAAAGAGCAACUCUUAGCAUCAAAUCCAGCAGCACGUAGAACAUUGGGAGCUUCAAGAAAGGCACAAGCAAAAUUUAUUUCGCCAAUGCUUGGUGCUCAGGAAAAACAAGAAGUCAGUGAACCCAUUGUAACAGAUGAGAGGCUCAAACAUAUUGACCCAAAGAUGAUUGAACUGAUUGAAAGUGAAAUCAUUGAUAAAGGAACUCCUAUAGGAUGGGAUGACAUAGCUGGUCUACAACAGGCUAAGUGCGUGAUUCAAGAAGCAGUAGUGUGGCCGCUACUACGCCCAGACAUUUUCACAGGGCUACGCCGGCCGCCUCGCGGGGUUCUGCUCUUUGGUCCACCUGGUACCGGAAAAACGUUAAUUGGCAAGUGCGUGGCGGCGCAGUGUCGCGCCACGUUCUUCAGCAUCUCCGCGUCGUCGCUCACGUCCAAGUGGAUCGGCGACGGGGAGAAGAUGGUGCGUGCGCUGUUCGCAGUCGCGCGCUGCCACCAGCCCGCGGUGAUAUUCAUAGACGAAAUAGAUUCACUUCUCAGUCAACGAAGUGACACGGAGCAUGAAGCAAGUAGGAGGAUAAAAACUGAGUUCCUGGUACAAUUUGAUGGAGCUGCUACUGGUGACGAAGAUCGUCUACUCAUAGUGGGCGCGACGAACCGUCCUCAGGAGUUAGAUGAAGCCGCGCGGCGACGCCUCGUUAAACGCCUCUACGUGCCACUACCUGAUUUAGAUGCACGGAGACAAAUCAUUAGUAAUCUUCUAAAGAACGAAAACCAUGACUUGUCGCCGCAUCAAAUAGCCGAAAUAGCGAACCUGACUGAUGGCUACUCUGGCGCGGAUAUGAAGUCUGUGUGCUCUGAGGCAGCUAUGGGCCCCAUACGAUCUGUUCCUUUGUCGCAGAUUGUCACUAUAGACCGGGAUAAGGUUCGAUCUGUUAAUGUGCAAGAUUUCAAAAUAGCACUUCAGCGAGUGAGACCAAGUGUAUCGCCAGAUGAUCUCGGACAAUAUGUAAAGUGGAAUAACACAUAUGGUCAAGGAUUU